AUGGGUGGGAAGCAAUCUCGCAGUUUGUCCAACAAGGAGCUAAAUGAGGUGAGUGUUAGUCAAAGGAGAAAGAGCACCGGGAGAGAGGACCAGCCCAGCCUGUCCUCAGCUGCCGAGAGGAUCCGCAGACACACCACGGUGCAUUUUGGCUACAGCACCCUGAGCCUGGCCAUGCGCGCGCUCGCCGAGCCUCCCUCUGAGCUGUGGGAGCUCCGAGAACUGCAGAAGCUAAACUUGUCCAUGAACUCCCUUUGCUCUCUGCCCCCUGCCCUGGGCGCGCUGGACAAUCUUGUGAUUCUCAACUUGUGGGGUAACAACCUGUCAAGCCUCCCGCCGGAGAUCAGCCUCCUGAAGAAGCUGCGCGUGCUUUUCGCCUGUCGCAACCGCCUGAGCGAGGUCCCCGAGGAGCUGGGCUCCUGCACUUGCCUGGAGGUGCUCAGCCUGGCCAACAACCAGAUCACGGGCCUCCCCGGCAGCUUGGCAGCCAUGCACAAUCUGACCAAACUGAACCUUAGCCACAACCGCAUCGCUCACAUCCCCACCUGCGUCUACAGCAUGAAGGGUCUAGUCUUUCUUCACCUGGCCUGCAACCGUUUAGAGACCAUAGCGGACCAGAUCCAGGACUUAGUUAAUCUUAAGAUCCUCAUCGUGGAGGGAAACAGUAUCCACACACUGCCUAAGACACUAUGCUUCCUGGAGUCUUUAGAACUCCUUAAUGUUGACUUCAAUGAACUGCAAAAUGUGCCGAUGGAAAUGUACCAACUGAGCCGGCUUGGGAGGUUGGCCUGCCACCCGCUGGAUAAAGGACUUCAUAUUAUUCACAACCCCCUCCUUAAGCCAAUCCAGGAGGUGCUGCAAGGAGGACUCAGUGCCCUCUAUAACUACCUCAAGCCCACAUGA